AUGUCUUCGUAUGCGGCUGAAAGGUCAGACUAUCAUCUCGAUAACCCAGGAAGUGGCAUCAACAGCCAUGUCGGAGCGACUGCUGGAACACCUGCACCGCAGACCAACAGACUCGAUACAAAACGGACUCAGAACAUGGGCACAUCAAGCACUUCGACAGUACAUGCGGUAGAGCUCAGAGGAUUAGUCCUGGCACUGCAGAUAAUUCUCGACACGCCGCCGACGUCUGUACCGCCGAAUAAACGCGCCGUUAUAUUCACCGACAACCAGGCUGCAUCCAAGCCAUCCGAAACCCCAAGCAUUCGUCCGGCCAGUACAAGUUGGUCGAAGCGGUACAAGCGCUUGACGAGGCCCAAAGCCAAGGAUGGCAGGUGCGAUUUCGAUGGAUCCAGGGACACGUCGGAGUGCACGGUAACGAUGCGGUGGAUCAAACUGCGAAAGAUGCUGCUAAGGUUGAUUUGA